CGGACAUAUGUUAUCAUAACGGCUGUCGGUCGCAGCAAGCUCUCACGGGAUUCAGCUCGUUAGACUGAUCAGAAAGAUUACACUGAAGACCAUAGGAUAAAUGACGUCCAACGAUGUAAAUUUGUCCUUUGGACCUAAUGCAGACAUCUUCCUCUCUCGAUGGAUUGAGCGACAAAGCUAUCAAAGAACUCGUCAAGGAAAAAGCAGAUGCCGAGGUUCAAAAUAACUGCAUCAAACCUCUAGAGCAAUUUGCAGGGCCUGGUAGUCCCCACGCCACAAUCUCCACCACAGAAGACUACAAGGAGACACUCACUCGCCUGAUCGAAAUAACUGAAAGCCGUGUCGAUCAGCAUUCUGCGCCCAAGGCCGCGAUGAUGACCUCCGUCGCUCAGCGAGUGCAUCCUGGAAUCAAAAUAAAUAAAUUAACAAAGAUACCGGAAGGCGCUUGCAUCAUGCCCACCGCUCAGGAACCACCAGAUGCAGGAUUGUCUACUUAUGCUUCAUACUGACAUCGUCAAGACAUGGCUCAAAUGCGUUGAACAAGUCCAUGCAAAGCUUAUGGUCUACCCACAGAAAGGCGAAACUCGAUUUAAAUGCUCCUG